AGUUACCAGCAGAACGCCCGGUGCCCGUUGCGGGGAGGGAGCGAAACUCGGCUCCGGGGCCCCGCCUGCUCCACGUGGCCUGCGGGGCGGAGCAGGCGGCGCGGCCCGGGCCAGCACCAGCGCCACCCAUUGAGCUCCGGCAGGGCAGGAGCGGAGCGUGACCGCCCCGGGGCGUCGCCCUUCCCCGGCCCCGCCCCCACCCCCGCUAGCAGGGACUAUGCGGAGAUGGUCGUGCAAACCCGAGGCAGACACAAAGAGUCGCCGCUCAAGCCUUCCGGCGCUCAGCCGCCCCCGCCCCAAGCUGCUGGGGCGCCCCAGCCCGGAGCCAGCCCCAGGAGCGGCCGCGGGCUGCCGCAAAAGCAGCCAGGCAGGCAGCUGUCCUGCGGGGCCGGCGCCAUGCGGAAGGGAGGAACCGGGAGGAAAGGGGCCAAGAGCGAGCCCCAGAAACCCUGCCGCCCCCUGGCCCAGAGGGUGAGGGAAUUGCUGGGCCUGGGCCAAGAGGGGUCGCUCCGGGGCUGGAGACACGGGCUCCAAGUAUUUAUUGAAGAAAAAGGGGCCUUCAUCGUGAGAGCAGAUAGCAAGAUAUGGUUCACUUUUAUACUAGCUGCUUUUGCAGGAGUUUUACACUGGUGUCAUAUUACAACUCUUUUUGAAAAUGACCGUCAUUUUUCUCACCUCUCGACGCUGGAAAGAGAGAUGGCUUUUCGCACUGAAAUGGGCCUUUAUUAUUCCUAUUUCAAGACCAUUGUUGAAGCACCAUCAUUUUGGUAUGGAAUGUGGAUGAUUAUGAAUGAUAAACUAACCGAAUAUCCUCUGGUGAUUAACACGUUAAAAAGGUUCAAUCUUUAUCCAGAGGUGGUCCUAGCCAGCUGGUACCGCAUAUACACAGGGGUAAUGGAUUUUAUUGGUCUUCAGACCAAGACAUGCUGGACUGUAAACAGAGGAGAAGGGCUUAGUCCUGUUGAAAGCUGUGAAGGAUUGGGAGACCCUGCUUCCUUUUAUGUUGCUGUGAUCUUUCUUUUAAAUGGAGUAAUGAUGUCAUUGUUCUUCAUAUAUGGCACAUACCUAAGUGGGAGCCGUCUAGGAGGCCUAGUUACGGUAUUGUGCUACUUUUUCAAUCAUGGGGAGUGCACGCGUGUGAUGUGGACUCCACCCCUCCGUGAAAGUUUCUCAUACCCAUUCCUUGUGCUUCAGAUGUUGCUUUUGACCUACAUUCUCAGGACUCCGAAUAUUAAUAGAGGAAGCUUGAUUGCACUGUGUGUUUCUAAUGUCUUUUUCAUGCUUCCCUGGCAGUUUGCUCAGUUUGUCCUUCUGACACAAAUAGCCUCAUUAUUUGCUGUGUAUGUUGUGGGUUACAUUGACUCUCUCAAGUUACAGAAGAUACUUUGUGCACAUAUGGCAUCUCUUGCACUGUGUUUCAUUUUGAUGUUUGGCAACUCAAUGUUAUUGACAUCAUAUUAUGCUGCCUCUUUAGCAGUUAUCUGGGGUAUUCUUGAAUUGAGUCCAAAAUUUCUGAAAAUGAGUAGAAGAGAAGUCAGUUUAUGGGCCAUUGAAGGAUUUGCUUGGUUAUUUGGGACAGUCACCUUGAAAUAUUUGACUUCUCUAAUAUUUGGAGUAGCUGAUGAUGCGCAUAUAAGUAACCUGCUAAAAUCAAAAUUUAUUGGCUACAAGGAUUUUGAUACGUUAAUGUACACCUGUGCUGCAGAGUUUGACUUCAUGGAAAAAGAGACUCCAAUAAGAUACACAAAGACGUUACUACUUCCCGUUGUUCUUGUGGUUUUUGGGGUAAUCACCAUGAAGGCAAUUAAAUAUAUUGUGUGGGUUUUAUCUCAGAAAGACCUCUGUGAACGAGAGGAUCAUUUUAACCAUGGUGAGCUGGUAUACCAUGCAUUGCAGCUAUUGGCAUAUACUGUACUUGGUAUUUUAAUUAUGAGACUGAAACUGUUUCUGACACCUCACUUAUGCGUUAUGGCUUCCUUGGUUUGUUCAAAACAGUUGUUUGGAUGGCUCUUUGGCAAAAUUCAGCCCAAAACAUUGGUCUUUGCUAUUUUAGCAAUAAUGGCAAUAGAGGGAUCAGCAAACCUUCAGAAUCAGUGGAACAUCAUGGGAGAAUUUAGCAAUUUGCCACAGGAAGAACUUUUAGAAUGGAUAAAAUCUAGUACAAGACAAGAUGCUGUUUUUGCAGGAGCGAUGCCUACAAUGGCAAGUGUCAAGUUGUCUGCCCUUCGACCUAUUGUAAAUCAUCCCCAUUAUGAAGAUGCAGGGCUGAGGGCCAGAACUAAAAUAGUGUAUUCCAUGUAUAGUCGAAAACCAGCAAAAGAAGUGAAAAAAGAAUUGUUAAAACUAGGAGUGAAUUAUUACAUCGUAGAAGAGUCGUGGUGCAUAAGAAGAACUAAGCCCGGUUGCAGUAUGCCUGAAAUUUGGGAUGUGGAAGACCCUGCCAAUGCUGGCAAAAUUCCUUUAUGUAACCUUAUGAGUAAGGAUCCCCGGCCAUAUUUCAACACAGUAUUCCAGAACAGUGUUUACAGAAUCUUGAAGGUUACAAGGGAAUAACACUUCAGUGCAAAGAACUGUCAAACUUUUUCAACUUUUUAACUGGUAACCAUAUAAAAAUUCUAAAUCAGAAACACCUUUUAUACUAAACUUAAAAUGAGGAAAUGUGUAUUUUUAAUUUUUUGUCAUUUAAAAGGAAUUCUGAUUAUAGAAGUACCUUAACCUGACAGUUUGGAUUUCUAUUUCAGGGUCAGUCUCUUAAGGUUUGCUAUGCAAAUGAUUAUAUGUUUGCACACUCUUUAAUAAAUACUGAUCCAAACAAAAGUUAAGUGGCUGUAGAAAGUAACAAGAGUUCUCAAAACCAAUCAAAUUGUGAAACAAUGCUGUCAGUCUGUCUUAGUAAAGCAAGAUUAUUUAAACCAUUGGUGCUAGUAAUUAUGAACUAAUGGAUGGCGCUGUAGCAUCUAGCAGCAGACUUCUUAAAUCACCAUCACAGUAUAAUGAUCACUCCCCGUAUUCCUCUUUGGAUAACAUGAUACUGAUCACACAUUUCUGAAGAAGUCACACAAUUUCUUUAGCCAUAUCUUUGUGAAGGAUGGUUUUAAGAGAAACUGAAGAAGGGUUGCUGAUAGUUUUGGAUCACUUUAAAAACGUCAGGCCUUAAGUUUGUCUUUUUAAAUGGAAAUAGUUUUUAAACAAUCUUGAAACUGCACACUUUAGAUGAUGUGCACUUUGCAUGUGCUUGGAACCUUAACUUCAAUAUUAAUUUUAAAAAAUAAUUAAACCAAUGCAACUGACCGGUAGCUUAGCCUCUGAUUGCCCAAGGAUUUUUAACAUUCUAGUACAUUCAAAACAACCAGACAUGCACAUGUGAAGUUUAAGAAGGGAAAAUACUUUAUUCAGGCAAAAUCUGUCAUUAAUUCUUGUUGUGUAGCUUUAGUAAGGUAAUAGAAUAAACUCUGCACUGCCUUAACAGUGCUAGAGCUACAUCUUAAUUCUGUAGGAAAUGCUGCAUCUAGUUCAUAUCACAUUUUCUUUCCCCAUCUAUUAAAGCCCGUUUAAAGAUUCUAUUGUACAUUGGACAUCUAGCUUUAUUUAACUAAUCCUGGUUUUUAAAAAUAGUUUUUAAAAGUAUCCAAAUAAUACUGAAGAAAAACCUUGUAACAAAAUCAACCUGACUGUACUAUGAUUAUGGUCAAAAGUUUGUGUAAAUUUAAUCACUAAACCGAAUGUUAAAUAUACUCUCCUUGAAUUGUCUGACCAUGUAGAGUGCAAUUAUCCUUCCUGCUUUGAAGUUUUUUCUUAUUUCUCUCACCAUAAUGUGGCCCUGACAUUGUGUGAUACAGGACUUAAUUUCACAGAGGAAUUCACUUCCCAGUAUAGUAGAGAAAGGAUACCGUACAGACUAUUAACAAACAAGAUGUUAUAAAUACGAUAUGUUACAGCCACUAGAAAACAUCACAAGUAAUGUAGAUUUGUAACUUUUGAGACUAUAUAAAUGUUAAUUGUUCAGUCAGCAGCCUAAUGAUAUGACAGUGGUCUAGGUGGCUGUACUGGAUAUUCAGCCUUGACUGCAUCUAAGCAGUAAUAGAUGCUGUAGAAAUAAACCUUUUACAGCUGUGACAGUAGUAAUAAAAUGUUGAAAAUAUGUGAAAACUGUGGAAUAAAAGCUGAUCAGUAUUUUAUGUAUUUGAUUUUUUAAAAAAAAUUGCUUUAUUGGGAGGGUGCAGAUAAAGGGUUGAAAAUACAUAUUAACUUUUUAACUUUUACAAAAAUACAUUUUGGUAAAGUUUCUAUAAGGAAACUGGAUCACUAAAAAGGGCUUAGGAGAAGGGAAUUUUUUUUAAAUAUGUUGCUGAGUUUCAAGAAAGCAGUAAAAAGGAUAUCUUUCUAUAUAAACAUUGUGACUAAAUAGUGUUACAGCACAAAAAAGUACUGUAUUUUUAUGAGGUUUAUGCCAAUUGUUCACAUGUACUUGUAUGUAGUUAAAUAAAAAAAUUCAUGCAA